GCUCAAUCCCUCCUAAAGGAGGUCAGUUAUCGACGACAACGUUCCUUUUCACAGUACACAGCGCAUAGUUAUACUGUAUACCGAAUACCGUAUAACAAAUACAAGAACAUCUUGCGUAUAUCAACAGAAAAUAUUUUCCAGCAGUCCUUCCUUUCGUUUAUUCCUUAUAUAUCCGUGUAUCCGUUUUAUGUCCUUGUCCCUGUCUCUGUCUCUGUCCCUAUAUCCCUUGUGCUUGGUACUUUCGAUUCGAUUUAAGGAAAAAAAAAGGGAAAUUGUCGAAAACUCUGAACAGAAAUAAGAAGGCAAGUGUUAUUUUUGAGAGUAGUUGCCGCAAUCGCAGGAGAAAAAUGAAUUCGAAACUUUUGUUGGUGAUGGCAAUUUUUGUCGCCUCUGCAAUGGUCAUUAUGGCGGAAUCCUCCCGGUCACAGAAAACAACACAUCAUCAGGAGCUCACCGAAACCAAUUUAAAAAUCAUCAAACGUUCCGAAUGGAAUGCAGCAAAACCAAUAGACAAAUCGCCCCUCAAUAGCUCUGUGCCAUAUGUGAUCGUACAUCACUCGGCCAGUCCUCCAGCAUGUUACACCCGUUUAGCCUGCCAAAAUGCAUUAAGGUCAAUGCAGAGGACUCAUCAACUGGUUAAUGGGUGGGAUGACAUUGGUUACAAUUUCCUAAUCGGAGCCGACGACGAUGGCGACGGUGAAAUUUACGAGGGUCGUGGCUUUGGUGUAAAAGGAGCUCAUGCGCCCGGCUAUAAUUAUCGCAGCAUUGGAAUUUGCCUAAUUGGCAAUUGGUCAGAGUCAGUGCCACCCCAAGGGAUGCUGGAUAAAAUGAAACAGCUUAUAAAUUAUGGCGUCGAGAAGGGUCAUAUCCAAAGAAAUUAUAGACUGCACGGACAUCGCCAAGUUAAAGCAACCGAAUGCCCAGGCAAGGCACUACAAGCGGAAAUUGAAAAAUGGGAACAUUUUCGUAGAGCUAGUAGAGCCACAAAAAGAUAGACGAGCUCUGACGUUAACAGGCGUUUACUAAGCAAUAGGAAUUUAAAUUGAAGUAUUAUAGAGCAGCGAUGAGAAAACUUAAACAAAAACAAAACAUAUGUAUAUUUGUAUAUUUUAUCCAUAAUUUAAAUAAACUAAUUGUGCUUGGAUGGAGUUUAGUUA